AUUCUGGAAAGAAAUAGGCUACCCUUUGGGGACAUUGCACAAUAAGUUUAACCUGAGAUCAUCGCUGAAUGUUCCAACAAGGUAACUCAAAGCAUGCAUCCAAAUAAGUCCAAAAGAUCCCGAAGGAUACUAAAACCAUGAUCCAAGAGUGGCCCACACAGAAUCAAAACCUCAGUCCUAUGGAGAAUAUGUGUGUAUUUUUUUUUCAACGUAAUAUCCAGCUCCAAAGAACCUGGUAUUGCAAGGUUUAUUGGUAUGGCAAGUCAGAGCAGAGACUACUCUGUUCUUGUGAUUUCCACUUGUUACACAUCUAAGAAUACUUAAAAGAAGUCCAUAACGUAGCCUCUUUGUGCAGAUGGCCCGCAGGCCCAUUCACACUGGGAAAGACUUAUCUAUUAUCAUAACAACAUUGCUAUGACAUUAAGAGUCAGAUUAACAGAUUAAUACUUGGUCAUUACAAUUUUGAGGACAAUAAGGUUAUAACAUUGGCUCGCAAAGGGAUUUAAAUGUAUUUAUCCUGAAUUUCAAGGUGAGAUUUGGCUUUUGGUGUAUGUGAAAGGGGUUCUUCAGUGGUAGUGGGUUUUUAUUGUUUCUUACAAAACCUUCCUGUAUUGUCCAAGAAUGUUACAUCUCAAGCCCAUCAACAAAAUAUGACAUUUUGAUAAGCCAUUCUUUUUUUCUACCACUCAAGGAGAACAUUCUGGAUGGGUCUAUUAAGCUGUCACAGGUGAAAAAUGCUCUGUGUUAUUGUUGUCACUUUUCCUGUAUGUAUGAUGGAGGUGUUUUUGGAACAGUGGAUUGUAAGUCUGAAGCCUAUCACUUAGAAAAGUUUCUCCUUGUCUCUUGAGCUGAUUUUAGGUUUUUUUUUCAAGAGUUGUUCGUUAUGAAGCAUCUUCAAGUAUCAAGCAAAGUGCUAUACAAAACAUAUAUACAUGAUGAUGAUUAAUAUUAGAACAAUUAUUUUUUUUCUCUCUCAAUGCAAUUGGCAGCAUGAUGUGUGAAGUUAUUAGUCCCUUCACUCCUAUUCUCUUAAAGGAUAACUCCAGCCAAUUUCAACUUGUAGGCCUAGGCCUAGUUGUAAUGCUCACACUUCCCUGUGCUUGUCAGUAGCCUACCUGAGUUUUUUUCUUCUUCAGCCUUUUACGAGAUCCUGGUCAUUGUAAUGGGGGCAGGUGUGUGUUUACAUUUCAAAAAAAGUUGUAUUUAUUCCCCAAAAACAUCCAAAAGGUUAUGCAACAUCAGCAGACAACUAAGUAAGAGUAAGAGUAAGAGUAAGAGUAAAUUAUUUGUCACAUACUCCAUAGUGCAGAAAGACUAACAAACAAACAAAUAGAGAAGGGCCAUUGCUGAGAAGGUGGAAUCCUGUGUGGAGGCGUCAGUGACAGUAGAUGGAGGCGUCAACGCAGACAGCUAACGACCGCAGACAGCCUGGAGGGGGGAAGCGCUCGGGUUGGAUGAGUUGCACUCGCUCGCAGGGUCACAAAAACGGCAUCCUCGCACUUGCUGUUCACCAAGAUGUACAAAGUCCCGCAAAUGAUAUCCGCUGACAUGGGAAAGAAGUGCUGUCGGAUCCAUUUCUUGCUCCAACGAGUCCCCUCCGGAAUGCGCAUUUCGUCUCCAUAGUAAUUCCAGUACCGCUAUCAACUGAACUAGACACCGGUGAAAUUAAUCAAACUUCUCCACGAAUUGAUGAUAGACAGCACUUAAAAGUGCUUUCAUACACGCGAAACAAACUAGCAAACAGCGAUACCUUUUGGGAAAAUAUUUGGAGUAGGCCUAUGUUAAGAUUAGGCUAUUUUAAAUGUAAACAAAAGCUGCCCCCAUUAGAAUAGCUCAUAUCUCGGAAAGGGAUGAGCAAAAAAAUGCAGCAUCACCAGCCUCUGAGGAUGCACUGCAACUCCUGUUCCCUGGUCACCAGCUCGGGCCAUCUGAUGGGCGGGGAGCGGGGGGGGCAGAUUGACCAGUCGGAUUGCGUGAUCCGCAUGAACGACGCCCCCUCCCAGGGCCAUGAGCGCGACGUGGGACAGCGCACCACCCUGAGGGUGAUCGCCCACUCCAGCCUGGACCACGUCCUGCGCAACCGCCAGCCGCUGCUCCAGGCCAGCCCAGAUACGGUCUUCGUUUUCUGGGGACCCAGCAUCCUCAUGAGCCCCAAAGGUGGGGUGUAUAAGAAGCUUGUGGGCAUCAAGAGGGCCAUCCCUAAGCUGAAGGUCUACACCAUAUCACAGGCGAAAAUGGCGGAGCUGGACACCAUCUUUAAGGAAGAGACUGGCAUGGACAGAAAAAUGUCUCAAUCUUGGCUGAGCACCGGAUGGUUCACAAUGAUUCUUACCAUUGAGCUUUGUGAUACGAUCGAAGUUUAUGGCAUGGUGUCACCUGAUUUCUGCCAGCAGCCCGCAACCACCCCAGCUGUGCCCUACCACUAUUACGGGGCUUCAAAGCGGAUCCCUGAGUGUGCCAUGUACCUGUCCCAUGAACGAGGCAAGCACGGAGGCCACCAUCGCUUCAUCACAGAGAAAAGAGUGUACGCCAAAUGGGCACAGACCUUUGACAUCCACUUCCACCAACCAGACUGGGAACCUGAGUUGCCUGUGCAGAACCAAUCCAAUGGCACAGCUUCUCGUGGGUCCUGAUGCCAGUUGGAGAUGUCUCAUGGUUGAUGUUGCAGAGACGGUGCCGUCCUCCCGACGCAUGGAAAAUGUCUCAUGGAGAGGACGUCAUGUGCUGGUCUUUCCACCCUAUGAAGGAGCUGAUAGACAAUGGCUCGCACAGCAUACAAAGUGUGCCUGGGCUUGAGACUGAGGCCCUGUUGUUUACAUUAGUCUCUUAUCUGAAACAAUUUCGUUAUGGAUGCGCUGUCACAGCUUGUUUACCGGAAGCUUUGUGGCUCAUGUUGUGCAAGGCACAGGAGUAGCAGCAAGGCUACCUGAAUCCACAUUUUUGCCACAAUGGACCUACCAUAUCAUUGAAGGUACUACAGGAUCAAAAAUGAGGACAUUGACGAUUACAAAAAGUGUCUGAUCCAACCAACACCUGUCAUAGUGGCGGAGAGUCUGUAUUCUCUUGUCUACAGGUCUAUAGAUUGUGAGUGUUAUGAAAAGGCACAGCAGUGCACACACAGUGCACACAAUGUAGAAAAGUAAAUUUUUGGGCCGUUAAAAGAGUUGGACAGGAAAUGAGGGGGAGAGAUUUGGGGUCGUAUUGGGAUAUGGGUCAUAUGACCCAACAGAGAGGCAGAAUGUUAAGAUUCUGAAAACAACUGAGAAGUUUUCAUGUGCCUUCAUGACUUCAUGAUUGGAAGCAGACAAAAAGCGGGUGAGCCAAAUCUGGAGCAAAAAAUGGGGUACUGAUGUGUGUUAUCGAUGAUUGGUAAUGUUUUUGAAAUCCCUCGGGGCAUUCCACCAGUGCUACUGCUCCUGUUAAAUCAUUUAAUACUCUCUGCUCAAAGCAAUGGUUAAAAGGAUAUUUGGGUCACAUUGUUCUUUAUUGCACUGAAUGAUGUUUACAGCUUUGAUACUUGUCUUUGUGAUUUUUUUUAAAACACUGAGAGCCAGAAAAGCCUUUACUGUGCUGCCUUCUCGUGACACGUAAAAUGCUUUGUGGAAAACUGACUGAUGUUUCCUGUGCCAUUGUAUUCUUUUGAAGUACUUCUUGGGAUGUUUACCACCACUAUUCUCAUCAUUUUCCUGUAUUCCAAAACCAAAGGAAGUGAUGCCAUUCGUUUUCUUUUCCCCCUGUGAUGAUCACACACCUAGAUAUCAGUAUGUACGUAGUUUGUUUGUCUGCAGCUGCUAGCACGUCACCAGAACGUUUGCAUAAUUUCCAUUCCCACUCACGUACUGUAGGAAGCCUCUGGAGCUGGUGCUAAUCUUGUCGUAGCAUCUGUUACAGCUUGGGUCACAACCUCCCCCAGCAGGGCCGCUGACAGAUUUGGCUGGGCCCAGGACAACGUCAUUUGAAAGGGCCCCCCCACACAAUACAUACAAUGUAAUGAGGACCCAACUCUGGGCCCCUCUCUCCCUGGGCCCGGGACAACUGACCUUGUUUGAUACCCCUCUGUCUGCUUCCCCUCCCCACCCCCAGUCCCAGUCCUUGCUUUUUGGGGCAGAUCAGUUCCGGGCCCACUGGCUACUUAAGAGGAGCAUAGAGACCAAAGCCCAGAGCACUACGUAGAAUACAAAUGUGUUGUCGCUCAUCCCUCUCCGUGA